CACCAAGCUUGUUCUCGCCUGGUGCUGCUCAGGAGGGAAGGCUGGAGAGGCUUUGCUCCUAAGGAUAUUUACUGGAUGUUGCUGUGAGUGGGGGAGAGACAGAAGAAUACCCUCAAAAUGGAGGAAGAAGAAUAUGAGGAGGUUGUGGAGUACUACAUAGAAGAAACAAUUAUUGAAGAAGGUGAACCACAUGAGGUGGUCACUGAGAUCACUGAGACUAUUAGCACAGACUUCACAGGUCCUGAAACAGCACAGGUCACCUACACAGCUGAGUCUGGAAAACCUGCUGCUGCUCCUGCUGCUGCUCCUGCUGCUGCCACACAUGCAGCAGCUCCAGCCAGAAAGAAGACAAUACGGACUAAAGUGGACGUCUCCAAGUUCCUGACGCCUUACCUGGAACACAGCAAUAAAAUGAAGGACCUCUUCAGUGAGAACAAGUACAAAGAAAAGUUCAGGAAAGAAAAAGGCAAACCGUAUGCUUCCACAGUCGAUACCCCUGAAAUCCGGAGGAUCAAGAAAGUGCAAGACCAGCUCAGUGAGGUUAAAUACCGCAUGGCUGGGGGAGUUGCCAGAACUAUCUGCCACGUUGAUGAGAAGGCCAUGGACAUAGAACAUGCAAAGAAGGUGUCACAGCAAGUGAGCAAGGUAUUAUAUAAACAGAACUGGGAAGAGAAUAAGGACAAGUACCUGCUUCCCCCUGAUGCUCCAGAGCUUGUGAAUGCAAUAAAAAACACAGCAAUGUUCAGCAAGAAACUCUAUACCGAAGACUGGGAAGGAGACAAAACGUUGUUCUAUCCCUACAACGACAGUCCAGAGCUCAGAAGGGUGGCAGAGGCUCAGAAGUCUCUGAGUGAUAUUGUCUACAAGAAAGGGCAUGAUGAAAGGAAAUUGAAAUUUACUUCUCUGCCAGAUCCACCUGAUGUGGAACAAGCCAAGAAAGUGACAAAGCAGCUGAGUGAUGUUAUUUACCACAAGGACUAUAAAACCAAUGUCAAAGGCAAGUGGAGCCAAACUCCAUGCUACGAUGUUGCAGUUGCAAAAAUGAACGCAGAAAAUCUCAGCAUGAGAAAAUACCAGGAAGACUUUGAAAACAUGAAAGACCAGAUCUACUUUAUGCAGACUGAGACUCCAGAAUAUGAAGCUAAUAAGCGAGCUUCAGAAAACAUCAGUAAGAAAAAAUACAGAGCAGACUAUGAGAAGAACAAAGCUAUUGCAGAUUAUAAUGUGCUUCCUGCUACAGAGAACCCCUUGCUGAGGCAAUUAAAAGCUGCAGGAAACAUACUGAGUGAUAAAUUGUACAAAGAAGCCUAUGAACAAUCCAAAGGAAACAGAAUGAAUUACUGUGACACCCCCAAGUUCCAGAUUGACAGUGCCAUGAAGAACUUCAGUGAUGUGAAAUAUAAAGAUUCCUACCAAAAGAAUAUUUUGGGACACUAUUUGGGCAGCUUUGAGGACCCACAUCACACACACUGCAUGCAAGUGGAAGCUAUGAAGAGUGAUAAAAAUUACAAAGCAGAUUAUGAGGAGGAAAAGACAAAAUGCUACUUCCCUCAGACCAUAACUCAAGAGUAUGAAGCCAUUAAGAAGUUGGAGCAAUGUAAAGAUCACACCUACAAAAAGCACCCUGAUCAGACCAAAUUUACUCAAGUGACCGACUCUCUAGUACAGAAGCAAGCAGAGAUCAACACCAAACAGCAGAGUGAUAUACUGUAUAAAGCCAAAGGUGAAGAAGUUAUUCACAAGUACCACCUCCCUCCAGACGUGCCUCAGUUCAUUCAGGCUAAAGUCAAUGCCUACAAUAUCAGUGAUAACUAUUACAAGGCUGGAUUGGAAGAAUUAAAAUCAAAAGGAUAUGAUCUCAAAAUCGAUGCUAUUCCCAUCCAAGCUGCCAAGGCUGCUAGACAGGCUGCAAGUGAUUAUAAAUACAAAGAAGCCUAUGAGAAGGCUCGAGGGAAGCAGGUUGGGUUCAGAAGCCUGCAAGAUGACCCUAAGCUUGUCCACUACAUGAAUGUAGCCAAGAUUCAGUCUGAUCGUGAGUACAAGAAAGACUACGAGAAGAGCAAGACUAACUACCAUACCCCUCCAGACACAUACAGCGUCCAGGCUGCUAAACAUUCUCAGGAUGUGGCUUCCAACACCCACUACAAAAACCUGAUCCAUCACUACACUUACCUGCCAGAUGCCAUGGCUGUGGAGCUUGCAAAGAACAUGAUGGAAAUUCAGAGUGAUAAUGCCUACAAACAGGAUUACAACAGCUGGUUCAAGGGUAUUGGAUGGAGUCCCCUCGGUUCUCUGGAUGUUGAAAAAGCCAAAAAGGCUGGAGAAGCACUAAAUGAAAAGAAGUAUCGACAGCACCCCGGGACCCUGAAAUUUACAAGCUUAAACGAUUCCAUGGCAAUGCUUUUAGCUCAGGACAACACCAAGAAACUGAGCGAUAUAGCCUAUAAGAAAGAGGGUGAAAAAGUAAAGCACAAAUACACCCUGGAUCCUGAUGUUCCUCAGUUUAUUCAAGCCAAAGUCAACGCCUACAAUCUGAGUGAUGCUAACUACAAAGCUGACUGGAAAAAAACCAUUGCCAAAGGCUAUGACCUGAAGCCAGAUGCCAUUCCCAUUAUUGCUGCAAAAGCUUCUCGAAAUAUAGCAAGUGAUUACAAGUACAAGGAAUCCUAUGAGAAAGAUAAAGGCAAACAGGUUGGGUACCGCAGCCUGCAGGAUGAUCCCAAACUUGUGCAUUACAUGAACGUGGCCAAGAUGCAGUCAGACCGGGAGUACAAGAAGGAUUAUGAAGUCACCAAGACCAAAUAUCACACUCCUUUGGAUAUGUUCAGCGUGACAGCUGCCAAGAAAGCCCAGGAAGCAGUGACCAACGCUGGCUAUAAGCAGCUCAUUCACAACUACACACUCCUGCCUGAUUCUGUGAAUCUGGAGCUAUCAAGAAAUGUGAUGCAGCUGCAGAGUGAUAAUGUGUACAAAGCAGACUUCAAUAACUGGUUGAAAGGAGUUGGCUGGGUACCACUUCAGUCACUGGAUGUAGAAAAGGUCAAGAAAGCCACACAGAUCCUCAGUGAGAAGAAUUAUCGCCAGCACCCAGACAAGCUGAAGUUCUCCAUCCCAACAGAUGCAAUGGAGCAAGUGCUGGCCAAGCAAAAUGCCCAGACCAUGAACAAGAGACUCUACACUGAUAAAUGGAACAAGGAGAAGACCACCAUCCAUGUUAUGCCAGAUACUCCAGAAAUUCUGCAGUCUAGAGUGAACCAGAUCACCAUGAGUGAUAAACUUUACAAAGCAGCAUGGGAGGAAGACAAGAAGAAAGGUUAUGACUUGAAGCCAGAUGCUCUUCCAAUACAGGCAGCCAAAGCCUCCAGAGAUAUUGCAAGUGAUUAUAAGUACAAACUAGCCUACAAACAAGCCAAAGGGAAGCACAUUGGCUUCCGCAGCCUUGAAGACGACCCCAAGCUGGUGCACUUCAUGCAGGUGGCUAAGAUGCAGUCUGAUCGUGAAUACAAAAAAGAUUAUGAGAAGGCAAAGACCAAUUUCCACACUCCAGUGGACAUGUUCAGUGUUGUGGCAGCCAAGAAAGCACAGGAAGUGGCUACAAAUGCCAACUACAAGAACUUGAUCCAUACCUACAACGUUUUGCCGGAUGCUAUGAGUCUUGAGUUAGCCAAGAACAUGAUGCAGUUGCAGAGUGAUAAUCAGUACAAAGCAGAAUAUGAUGAAACCAUGAAAGGUGUUGGAUGGAUGCCUCUGGGCUCCUUAGAAGCUGAGAAGAACAAGAAGGCAAUGGAGAUUGUUAGUGAGAAGAAGUAUCGUCAGCACCCGGACAAGCUGAAGUUUUCUGUUCCCAUGGAUUCCAUGAGCAUGGCCUUAGCUUUAAACAAUGCUAAAAUCAUGGAUGAGCACAAGUACAAACAAGCCUGGGAAGAAGACAAAAAGAAAGUUCACAUCACCCCAGAUAUUCCACAGAUUGCUUUAGCAAAAGUGAAUGCAUUUAAUCUGAGUGAUAAAAUGUACAGGCUGUCAUUUGAAGAAUCUAGGAAGAAAGGCUAUGACCUCAGAGCUGAUGCUAUCCCCAUUAAAGCUGCCAAAGCUUCUAGGGACAUUGCUAGUGAUUUUAAAUACAAGCUAGGCUAUGAGCAAGACAAAGGGAAACUCGUAGGCUUCCGUAGCCUUCAGGAUGACCCCAAACUUGUCCAUUACAUGCAAGUGGCCAAGAUGCAGUCUGACAGGGAGUACAAGAAAGCUUAUGAGAUGAGCAAGACGCACUACCAGACGCCUACCGACGCGCUCAGCAUCGUGGCAGCCAAGGAGGCCCAAGACCGCGUAACCAAUACCAACUACAAGAGGCUGAUCCACCAGUAUAUGCUGCUACCAGAUGCAAUGAACUUAGAGCUCUACAGAAACAUGAAUCAGAUACAAAGUGAUAAUGAGUACAAGCAGGAUUACAAUGAGUGGUUCAAGGGGAUCGGUUGGAGUCCUGUUGGGUCUCUGGAGGUGGAGAAAUCCAAGAAGGCCACAGAGAUUGCAAGCGACCGGAAGUACCGCCAGCAUCCCAGCCUCUUCCCCUUCACCAAACAGAAUGAUGCCAUGGACCUGGUCCUUGCCAAGCAGAAUGCAAACAUCAUGAACAAACAUGCUUAUACUCAAGCUUGGGAGAAGGAUAAAACUCAGGUUCAUGUGAUGCCUGAUACCCCAGACAUUCUGCAGGCCAAACAGAACAAGACAAACUACAGUCAGAAACUCUACAAGCUUGGCUGGGAAGAAAUGAUCAAGAAAGGCUAUGACCUCACACCUGAAGCCAUGUCAGUGAAAGCUGCCAAAGCUUCAAGGGACAUUGCAAGUGAUUACAAGUACAAAGAAGGUUACCGCAAGCAGCAGGGACACCACAUUGGGUUCCGCAGCUUGCAGGAUGAUCCAAAGAUGUUGUGGUCCAUGCAAGUAGCGAAGAUGCAGAGCGAGAGGGAGUACAAGAAAGACUUUGAGAAGUGGAAGACAAAGUUUAACAUGCCUGUGGACAUGUUGGGCUUCCUUCUGGCUAAGAAAUGCCAGGAACUGGUUAGUGAUGUAGACUACAAACACAUACUCCACCGCUGGACUUGUCUGCCAGACCAGGUUGAUGUCACCGAGGCAAAGAGGAUCUACGACCAACAGAGUGAUAAUUUGUAUAAGUCAGAUCUACAAUGGCUCAAAGGCAUUGGAUGGAGUCCUUUGGGGUCUUUGGAAUCCGAAAAGAACAAGAAAGCUGCUGAAAUACUGAGUGAAAGGAAGUACAGGCAGCACCCUGAUACUAUUAAGUUCACGAGUAUUCCAGAUGCCAUGGAUAUUGUCUUGGCAAAAUCUAAUGCCAAAAACAGAAGUGAUAUACUCUACAAAGAAGCUUGGAACAAGGACAAGACUCAGGUUCACAUCAUGCCUGAUACUCCUGAAAUUUUGCUGGCUAAAUCAAACUUGAUUAACACAAGUGAGAAAUGUUACAAGUUAGGCUAUGAAGAGCUGAGGAAGAAGGGUUAUGAUCUUCCUCCUGAUGCUAUACCUCUCCAGUCAGCAAAGGCAUCCAGAGACAUAGCUAGUGAAUACAAAUACAAAACUGCAUACAGAAAGCAGCUUGGCCACCACAUUGGAGCCCGCAACAUCGAGGACGAUCCCAAGAUGAUGUGGUCAAUGCAUGUAGCCAAGAUCCAGAGUGACAGGGAGUACAAGAAAGCCUUUGAGAAAUCCAAGACUCACUUCAGUAGCCCAGUGGACAUGCUGGGAAUUGUGUUGGCCAAGAAAUGUCAGGAGCUGGUCAGUGAUAUUGAUUACAAGCACCCUCUGCAUCGCUGGACCUGCCUGCCAGACCAGAAUGAUGUUAUCCAUGCUAAGACAGCUUAUGACCUCCAGAGUGAUAAUGUCUACAGGUCUGACCUUCAGUGGCUGAGGGGCAUUGGUUGGUCUCCAAUCGGUUCCCUGGAUGCUGAGAAGAAUAAGAGGGCAAGCGAGAUCCUGAGUGACAAGAAGUACCGGCAGCACCCAGACACCAUCCGAUUCACCAGCCUGCCUGACUCCAUGCCCAUGGUUCUGGCAAAGCACAACUCUGCAAUUAUGGACCAGCGCGCGUACACCUCAGCCUGGGAGAAGGACAAAACCAGCAUCCACAUCAUGCCAGACACCCCAGGGAUUUUGCUAGCCCAGCAGAACAAAGUGAACUACAGUGAGAAACUGUACAAGCUUGCGAUGGAGGAGGACAAGAAAAAGGGCUACGACAUGCGGGCAGAUGCCAUUCCUAUCAAGUCUGCUAAAGCCUCCAGAGACAUUGCAAGUGAUUACAAGUACAAGGAAGGCUACCGCAAGCAGCUUGGCCACCAUGUUGGAGCCCGCAACAUCGAGGACGAUCCCAAGAUGAUGUGGUCAAUGCAUGUAGCCAAGAUCCAGAGUGACAGGGAGUACAAGAAAGCCUUUGAGAAAUCCAAGACUCACUUCAGUAGCCCAGUGGACAUGCUGGGAAUUGUGUUAGCCAAGAAAUGUCAGGAGCUGGUCAGUGAUGUUGAUUACAAGCACCCUCUGCAUCGCUGGACCUGCCUGCCAGACCAGAACGACGUAGUCCAAGCCAGGAAAGUGUAUGACCUGCAGAGUGAUAAUGUCUACAGGUCUGACCUUCAGUGGCUGAGGGGCAUUGGUUGGUCUCCAAUUGGUUCCCUGGAUGCUGAGAAGAAUAAGAGGGCAAGCGAGAUCCUGAGUGACAAGAAGUACCGGCAGCACCCAGACACCAUCCGAUUCACCAGCCUGCCUGACUCCAUGCCCAUGGUUCUGGCAAAGCACAACUCUGCAAUUAUGGACCAGCGCGCGUACACCUCAGCCUGGGAGAAGGACAAAACCAGCAUCCACAUCAUGCCAGACACCCCAGGGAUUUUGCUAGCCCAGCAGAACAAAGUGAACUACAGUGAGAAACUGUACAAGCUUGCGAUGGAGGAGGACAAGAAAAAGGGCUACGACAUGCGGGCAGAUGCCAUUCCUAUCAAGUCUGCUAAAGCCUCCAGAGACAUUGCAAGUGAUUACAAGUACAAGGAAGGCUACCGCAAGCAGCUUGGCCACCACAUUGGAGCCCGCAACAUCGAGGACGAUCCCAAGAUGAUGUGGUCAAUGCAUGUAGCCAAGAUCCAGAGUGACAGGGAGUACAAGAAAGCCUUUGAGAAGUCCAAGACUCACUUCAGUAGCCCAGUGGACAUGCUGGGAAUUGUGUUGGCCAAGAAAUGUCAGGAACUGGUCAGUGACGUUGAUUACAAGCACCCUCUGCAUCGCUGGACCUGCCUGCCAGACCAGAAUGAUGUUAUCCAUGCUAAGACAGCUUAUGACCUCCAGAGUGAUAAUGUCUACAGGUCUGACCUUCAGUGGCUGAGGGGCAUUGGUUGGUCUCCAAUCGGUUCCCUGGAUGCUGAGAAGAAUAAGAGGGCAAGCGAGAUCCUGAGUGACAAGAAGUACCGGCAGCACCCAGACACCAUCCGAUUCACCAGCCUGCCUGACUCCAUGCCCAUGGUUCUGGCAAAGCACAACUCUGCAAUUAUGGACCAGCGCGCGUACACCUCAGCCUGGGAGAAGGACAAAACCAGCAUCCACAUCAUGCCAGACACCCCAGGGAUUUUGCUAGCCCAGCAGAACAAAGUGAACUACAGUGAGAAACUGUACAAGCUUGCGAUGGAGGAGGACAAGAAAAAGGGCUACGACAUGCGGGCAGAUGCCAUUCCUAUCAAGUCUGCUAAAGCCUCCAGAGACAUUGCAAGUGAUUACAAGUACAAGGAAGGCUACCGCAAGCAGCUUGGCCACCACAUCGGAGCCCGCAACAUCGAGGACGAUCCCAAGAUGAUGUGGUCAAUGCACGUAGCCAAGAUCCAGAGUGACAGGGAGUACAAGAAAGCCUUUGAGAAAUCCAAGACUCACUUCAGUAGCCCAGUGGACAUGCUGGGAAUUGUGUUGGCCAAGAAAUGUCAGGAGCUGGUCAGUGACGUUGAUUACCGCCACUAUCUGCACCAGUGGACUUGCCUGCCGGACCAGAACGAUGUUAUCCAUGCUAAGACAGCCUAUGACCUGCAGAGCGAUAACUGCUACAAAUCCGACCUUGAAUGGUUGAGAGGUAUUGGCUGGGUCCCAAUUGGGUCCUUGGAAGUUGAAAAAGCCAAGAGGGCAGGAGAGAUCCUGAGUGAUAAAAUAUACCGUCAGCAUCCAGACACCAUCAAGUUCACCAGUGUUCCUGAUUCUCUAGAGAUGGUCUUGGCCAAGCAGAAUGCACAGACCAUGAAUAAGCGUUUGUAUACUGAGGCCUGGGAUAAAGACAAGACUCAAAUCCACGUAAUGCCUGACACACCUGAAAUCACUCUGGCCAAACAGAACAAGCAGAACUACAGUGAGAAACUCUACAAACAGGCCAUGGAAGAAGACAAGAAGAAAGGCUACGACCUGAGAAUUGAUGCAAUCCCCAUCCAAGCUGCCAAAGCAUCCAGGCAAAUCGCCAGUGAUUACAAGUACAAGGAAGGCUACCGCAAGCAGCUUGGCCACCACAUUGGAGCCCGCAACAUCGAGGACGAUCCCAAGAUGAUGUGGUCAAUGCACGUAGCCAAGAUCCAGAGUGACAGGGAGUACAAGAAAGCCUUUGAGAAGACCAAGACUCACUUCAGUAGCCCAGUGGACAUGCUGGGAAUUGUGCUGGCCAAGAAAUGUCAGGGGCUGGUCAGUGACGUUGAUUACCGCCACUAUCUGCACCAGUGGAUCUGCCUGCCGGACCAGAACGAUGUCAUCCAUGCCAGGAAAGCCUAUGACCUGCAGAGUGAUAACUGCUACAAAUCUGACCUUGAAUGGUUGAGAGGUGUUGGCUGGGUCCCAAUUGGGUCCCUGGAAGUUGAAAAGGCCAAGAGGGCAGGAGAGAUCCUGAGUGAUAAAAUAUACCGUCAGCAUCCAGACACCAUCAAGUUCACCAGUGUUCCUGAUUCUCUAGAGAUGGUCUUGGCCAAGCAGAAUGCACAGACCAUGAACAAGCGUUUGUACACUGAGGCCUGGGAUAAAGACAAGACUCAGAUCCACGUAAUGCCUGACACACCUGAAAUCACUCUGGCCAAACAGAACAAGCAGAACUACAGUGUGAAACUCUACAAACAGGCCAUGGAAGAAGACAAGAAGAAAGGCUAUGACCUGAGAAUUGAUGCAAUCCCCAUCCAAGCUGCCAAAGCAUCCAGGCAAAUUGCCAGUGAUUACAAGUACAAGGAAGGCUACCGCAAGCAGCUUGGCCACCACAUCGGGGCCCGCAACAUCGAGGACGAUCCCAAGAUGAUGUGGUCCAUGCACGUAGCCAAGAUCCAGAGUGACAGGGAGUACAAGAAAGCCUUUGAGAAGACCAAGACUCACUUCAGUAGCCCAGUGGACAUGCUGGGAAUUGUGCUGGCCAAGAAAUGUCAGGGGCUGGUCAGUGAUGUUGAUUACCGCCACUAUCUGCACCAGUGGAUCUGCCUGCCGGACCAGAACGAUGUCAUCCAUGCCAGGAAAGCCUAUGACCUGCAGAGUGAUAACUGCUACAAAUCUGACCUUGAAUGGUUGAGAGGUGUUGGCUGGGUCCCAAUUGGGUCCUUGGAAGUUGAAAAGGCCAAGAGGGCAGGAGAGAUCCUGAGUGAUAAAAUAUACCGUCAGCAUCCAGACACCAUCAAGUUCACCAGUGUUCCUGAUUCUCUAGAGAUGGUCUUGGCCAAGCAGAAUGCAGAGACCAUGAACAAGCGUUUAUACACUGAAGCAUGGAAUAAAGACAAGACCAGCAUUCACGUCAUGCCUGACACCCCAGAAAUCCUGCUAGCUAAACAAAACCAAGUCAUCUACAGUCAGAAAAUGUACAGACUAGCUUUGGAGGAGUCGAAGAAGAAGGGUCAUGAUCUGCGUUUUGAUGCCAUUCCUAUUCAAUCUGCCAAAGCAUCCAGAGAGAUUGCCAGUGAUUACAAGUACAAGGAAGGCUACCGCAAGCAGCUUGGCCACCACAUCGGGGCCCGCAACAUCGAGGACGAUCCCAAGAUGAUGUGGUCAAUGCACGUAGCCAAGAUCCAGAGUGACAGGGAGUACAAGAAAGCCUUUGAGAAGACCAAGACUCACUUCAGUAGCCCAGUGGACAUGCUGGGAAUUGUGUUGGCCAAGAAAUGUCAGGAGCUGGUCAGUGAUAUUGAUUACCGCCACUAUCUGCACCAGUGGAUCUGCCUGCCGGACCAGAACGAUGUUAUCCAUGCCAGGAAAGCCUAUGACCUGCAGAGUGAUGCUGUUUACAAAGCAGACCUGGAAUGGCUGAAAGGCAUUGGAUGGGUUCCUAUUGGCUCUGUGGAAGUUGAGAAAGCCAAGAGAGCUGGAGAAAUCCUGAGUGAAAGGAAGUAUCGUCAACCAGCAGACCAAAUUAAAUUCACUAGUGUGACAGAUUCUUUGGCCAUGGUCUUAGCCAAGCAAAAUGCUGAGACCAUGAACAAGCGUCUGUACACCGAAGCCUGGGAGGCAGACAAGACAUCGAUCCACGUCAUGCCUGACACGCCGGACAUCCUGCUAGCCAAGGCCAACGCCGCCAACGUUAGCAAAAAACUUUAUGUACAAGCCUGGGAAGAGGCCAAGAAGAAGGGUUAUGACAUGAGAGCUGAUGCAAUUCCAAUCCAAAGUGCAAAGGCUUCAAGAGAUAUUGCAAGUGAUUACAAGUACAAACUGACCCACGAGAAGGAGAAAGGGCACUACGUUGGGUGCAAAACUGCCCAGGAGGAUCCCAAACUGGCCCUGGCAGCACGUGCCAUGAUGCUGCAGAACGACCGACUCUACAAGAAGGCCUACAAUGACUCCAAGACCCAGAUCCACUUGCCAGUGGACAUGCUGGCAGUGCAGGCAGCCAAGGAGUGCCAGACACUGGUCAGUGACGUUGACUACCGCCAAUACCUUCACCAGUGGACCUGUCUGCCUGACCAGAAUGAUGUGAUCCAUGCCAGGAAGGCCUAUGACCUGCAGAGUGAUAACGUGUACAAGGCAGACCUGGAAUGGCUGCGAGGCAUCGGCUGGUUGACAGAAGGCUCUGUUGACGUGGUCAAAGCGAAGAAAGCCCAGGAGCUGCUGAACGAGAGGCUGUACCGCACGCGGCCCGAGGAGCUCAAAUUCACCAGCAUCACUGACGCGCCAGACGUUGUCCAGGCGAAGAUCAAUGCUGCACAGAUCAGUGACCGUCUGUAUCGUGAAGCCUGGGAUAAAGACAAGACGCAGGUUUCCGUGCCCUCUGAUACCCCUGUAAUGCUGCAGUCCAAAGUCAACGCUCUCAACAUCAGCAAUAAACACUAUCAGAAGGCCUGGGAUGAGGCCAAGGCCAAAAGCUAUGACAUCAGAGCUGAUGCCAUUCCCAUCAAACAGGCCAAGGCUUCCAGAGACAUUUGUAGUGAGUACAAGUACAAACUGACCCACGAGAAGGAGAAAGGGCACUACGUUGGGUGCAAAACUGCCCAGGAGGAUCCCAAACUGGCCCUGGCAGCACGUGCCAUGAUGCUGCAGAACGACCGACUCUACAAGAAGGCCUACAAUGACUCCAAGACCCAGAUCCACUUGCCAGUGGACAUGCUGGCAGUGCAGGCAGCCAAGGAGUGCCAGACACUGGUCAGUGACGUUGACUACCGCCAAUACCUUCACCAGUGGACCUGUCUGCCUGACCAGAAUGAUGUGAUCCAUGCCAGGAAGGCCUAUGACCUGCAGAGUGAUGCUGUCUACAGGGCAGACUUGGAAUGGCUCCGUGGAAUUGGCUGGCUGCCUAAUGACUCCCCAGAGGUUAAGAGAGUGAAGCAGGCCCAGGACCUCCUGAGUGACAACGUGUAUCGCACGCCCAUUGACAGCGUGAAGUACACCAGUGUGGUGGAUUCCCCAGAUGUUCUUCUCGCCAAAACCAACGCUGAGCAAGUCAGCAUUCAAAAGUACAAAGAAGCCUGGGAGAAAGACAAGACUAUGAUCCAUAUUAUGCCAGACACACCUGAAAUCAACCUAGCCAGGAGUAAUGCUGUUAACUACAGCAAGAAAAUGUAUAAUAAAGAUUGGGAUGAGCUGAAGACCAGUUAUGAUUUGAGGGCAGAUGCAAUCCCCAUCAAGACAGCCAAAGCGUCUCGAGAAAUCGCUAGUGACUACAAGUACAAACUGGAUCACGAGAAGCAGAAAGGACAUUACGUUGGAGUUCCAAAUGCAAAGGAAGACUCCAAAAUGCAGUUUGCCCUCGGCAUAGGCAAAGUUCAGAGCGAGCUGGAGUACAAGAAGCACUUUGCCAAAUGGAAGACACAGUGUCACCUGCCAGUAGACAUGGUGUCCAUUGUAGCAGCCAAGCAGGGCCAGUCUUUGGUCAGUGACGUCGAUUACCGGCAUUACUUGCAUCAGUGGAUCUGCCUCCCGGAUCAGAAUGAUGUCAUCCAUGCUAGGAAAGCCUACGACCUCCAGAGUGAUGCUGUUUACAAAGCUGAUUUAGAAUGGCUGCGGGGUAUUGGAUGGCUGCCCAAUGAUUCAGUUGGAAUCAACCAUGUCAAAUACGCUGGAGAUCUCUUGAAUGAGAGAAAGUACCGUACCAAAGCUGAAACCCUUCCAUUUACUCCAGUGGCAGACAGAAUUGAUUACAUCACAGCGAAGAACAGUGGUGAAAUUCUUAGUCAGGUUAAAUACCACAAAGCAUGGAAUGAGGCCAAGUCACAUUAUACUCUGACAGAUACACCACAGCUGGAUAUGGCUCGAGAGGCAGCCAGAAUUCUUAAUCAGAACUUAUACAAGGAGAACUGGGAGAAAGAAAAAGCCACUGGUUACCUCUUACCUCCUGACAGCGUGCAGAUCUCUCAUGCCAAACACUCAAAUGAUGUCCAAAGUGAGCUCAAGUACAAAGCCGAGUACGUCAAACAAAGAGGGCACUACGUCGGAGUUCCCAGCAUGAGAGAUGAUCCCAAGCUGGUGUGGUUUGAGCAUGCAGGCGAGAUCCAGAAUGACAGGUUAUACAAGGCAGACUAUCACAAAACAAAGUCCAAAAUCCACAUCCCAGCAGACAUAGUGUCAGUUGUAGCAGCAAAGGAAGGUCAGAGCUUGGUGAGUGAUGUUGAGUACCGCCAGUACCUUCGCGAAUGGACUUGCCACCCUGACCAGAACGACUGCAUCCAGGCGAGGAAGGCCUAUGACCUGCAGAGUGAUAAUGUUUAUAAAUCUGAUUUGGAGUGGCUUCGUGGCAUUGGCUGGAUUCCUCUGGACUCAGUGGAACAUAAGAAAGUUAAGAAUGCCCAGGAGCUGAUAAAUAAGAGAUCAUACACAAAAGAAGCCCUUGAGAACUUCUCCAACUAUACCAGUGUGGUUGACACUCCUGACAUUGUUUUGGCAAAGAUGAACUCUGUCAAUCAAAGUGAUCUAAAGUACAAAGAGACAUUUAACCUUGAGAAAGGCCAAUACAUUGGAUCUGAUGAUACUCCUGCACUGAACCAUGCCAAGGACAUGGCCUUACUCUACAGUGAUAAACUCUACAAAAAAGCUUGGGAAGUCAGCAAGCCCAUUGGAUAUACCCUGGAUGAGAAAUACAUUCCAGUGGUGGGAGCCAAGCACGCCAACUACAUCAACAGCGAGCGUAAUUACAAGGCCAUAUAUGAGAAGCUGAAAGGCCAUUACCUGGCUGGGAAGGAGAUUGGUGAUUUCCCCAGCGUGGUUCAUUCCCUGGAGUUCCAGAAAAUAAGGAGCGCGUUGGCAUACAGGAAGAAUUAUGAAGACACCAAGACAAAUGUCCAUAUUCCAAGUGACAUGAUGAACCAUGUGCUAGCCAAGAAGUGCCAGUACAUCCUCAGUGACCUUGAAUACCGACAUUACUUCCAUCAGUGGAGCUGUUCACCUGAAGAGAAUGAUGUUAUCCAAGCCAGAAAAGCCCAGGAAAUUUUGAGUGAUGUGGUGUAUAAAGAUGACUUGAACUGGCUGAAGGGACUUGGAUGUUAUGUCUGGGAUACUCCACAAAUUGUGCAGGCAAAGAAAUCCUAUGAUCUCCAGAGCCAAAUAAAAUACACAGCUGCAGGAAAAGAGAAUUUCCAGAACUUUGGUGUUGUUACCGACACCCCUGUCUAUGUGACUGCAGUGCAGAGCGCUAUCAAUGCCAGCGAUGUGAAAUACAAGGAGGAUUAUCACAAAAAUAAAGACAAGUACACACCUGUGGCUGAGACAGUGGAUUCUGAAAGAGUUCAAAGUUUGAAACAUCUCUUCAGCAAUAACCUCUACAAAAAAGCCUGGGACAAAGUGAAAGCCACUAGCUAUAUGUUGCCCUCUGAUGCUGUACCCCUGGCACGUGCAAAAGAACUGAAGCACAACGCUAGCAUUGUAAAAUACCGAGAAGAAUACGACAAGUUUAAAGCACUCUACACACUGCCCAGAGGUGUUGAGGAUGACCCCAACACAGCAAGGUGCCUUCAAGUUGGAAAGCUUAAUAUUGAUCGUCUCUACAAGGAAACCUAUGAAAAGAACAAGGCCAAAAUCCACAUCAUUCCAGACAUGGUAGACAUAAUUUCUGCUAAGGAUGCCCAGAAGAAGAUCAGUGAAGUUGACUACCGCACGCAUCUCCAUGAGUGGAUCUGUCUGCCAGAUCUCCAGAUCAAUGCCCAUGUCAGGAAAGUGACAGAUCAGCUCAGUGAUGUGGUGUACAAGGAUGAUCUGAACUGGCUGAAAGGCAUUGGCUGCUUUGUUUGGGACACUCCAGAGAUACUCCAUGCCAAGCACGCCUAUGAUCUGCGCAGUGACAUUAAGUACAAAUCUAAAGCAGAAAAAAUGAAGAGUAAGUUCACCACGGUUGUGGACACUCCUGUCUAUGUCCAGAAUGUUCUCAGUGGCUUGAAUCUAAGUGAAGCUGUGUACCGUAGCGAAUAUCAGCACAAUGUUAAAGGCAAAGUGAUUCCUACUGAUAAAACAGUGGAUUUGGAGCGGGCAUACAAUGCAAACAAAAUACAGAGUGAGAAUCUGUACCGCUGGGCUGGUGUGAAUGCUCUCCCCACUGGAUACAGCCUCCCCACAGACACCCCCAGCUUCCAGCAUGCAAAACAUGUCCAGUACAUUGGCAGUGAUCUGAAAUAUAAAGAAGCCUAUGAGCACAUGAAAGCUAAAGGCUAUACUCUGGGACCUAAAGAUGUUGGGUUUGAAAAUGUGAAGAAAGUGAAUCAAGUCAUUAAUGAGAGGUUGUAUCGGGCAACAUACCACAAGAACAAGGACAAGAUCCACACCACGCCAGACACCCCAGAAAUCCGUCAAGUUAGAGCAACCCAGGAAGCUGUCAGUGAUCUGAUCUACAAGUCAGACUUCUUUAAGAUGCAAGGACACUUGAUCUCCUUGCCAUUCACUCCUCAGGUGUUGCACUGCCGCUAUGCUGGGGACAUCACAAGUGAUAUUAAAUACAAGGAGGAUCUCAGGUGGUUGAAGGGCUUGGGCUGCUUCCUCUAUGAUACUCCUGACAUGGUCCGUGCUCGCCACCUGCGUAAGCUCUGGUCUAAUUACAUAUACACUGACACUGCCAAGAAGAUGUUGCCUAAAUACAAAGUGGUGUUGGAUACUCCUGGAUACAGAACAGUUCAGGAACUGAAAACCCACUUGAGUGAACUGGUUUACAGAGCUGCAGGCAACGAGCUGAAGACAAAAUACACUUCUGUCCUUGACACACCUGACUUCCUAAGAGCCAAGAAAGGACAAAAGAUACAGAGCCAGUACUUGUAUGUGGAACUUGCCACAAAAGAGAGACCCCACCAUCAUGCUGGUAGUCAGACUCAAGCCUUAUCACAUGCCAGGCACGUCAAGGACAUGAUCAGUGAGAAAAAGUACAAAACCCAGUAUGAGAAGAUGAAGGACAGAUACACACCUGUCCCUGACACACCAGUCUUGAUCAGAGCCAAGAGAGCCUACCUGAAUGCCAGUGAUCUGCGCUACAAAGAAACCUUUGAGAACACAAAGGGCAAAUACCACACAGUGAAGGAUGCUUUGGACAUUGUCUACCAUCGGAAGGUCACCGACGACAUUAGCAGUGUGAAAUAUAAAGAAAAUUACAUGAGCCAGUUAGGAAUCUGGAGAUCAAUCCCAGACCGCCCGGAGCAUUUCCAUCAUCGCGCAGUCACGGAUGCUAUCAGUGAUGUUAAAUACAAAGAAGACUUAGAAUGGCUGAGGGGCACUGGCUGUUAUGCAUGGGACACUCCAAGUUUUGCUCUGGCAGAAAAGAAUAAGGUGCUCUACAGUGGGUGUAAGUACAAGGAGCAGUUUGAGAAGACCAAGUCAAAAUUUAAGUAUGUAGCUGACUGUCCAAUUAAUGAGCAUUUUAAAUAUGCAACUCAGCUGAUGGAUGGGAGAAAGUAUAAAUCCUUUGCCAAGAUGCUCCAGCAACAAGGAUGUAAUGAAAUUCUGAGGCCAGAUAUGCUGACAGCACUCUACAAUACUUACUUAUGGAGCCAGAUCCAGUACAAAAAGGACUAUGAAAAGAAGAAAGACAAAUAUACAAUGGUUGUGGAUACUCCAGAGCACUUAAGGACUACAAAAGUCAACAAACAGAUUAGUGAUAUUAUUUACAAGCUGGAAUAUAACAAAGCAAAACCCAGAGGCUAUACCACCAUCCAGGACACCCCCAUGCUACUGCAUGUCCGCAAGGUCAAGGACAGAAUAAGUGAUCUGAAAUACAAAGAAGUGUACGAGAGGAAUAAAUCUCACUGCAACGUCAAAGUCGACUCGGUUCAUAUUGAGACUCCCAGGCACAGUUACAAGCUGAACAGCAAUCUGGAUUAUAAGAAGAAAUAUGAAGCAGCCAAGGCCCACUGGCACUGGAUUGCUGACAGGCCCGACUUUGUUCAAGCAGCCAAGUCCUAUCUGCAGCAAAGUGACAAUGAAUACAAACUGGACAGGGAAUUCCUAAAGGGCUGCAAACUCUCUGUCACGGAUGACAAAAACACAGUAUUGGCCUUAAACAAUGCCAUCCUGGCGAGUGAUAUAAAAUACAAAGAGAAGUACAACAAAGCUCGAGGAACCUACCACGUUGUUCCAGACACACCUCAGAUCCUCCUGGCUAAGAAUGUCAGCUCUCUGGUGUCUGAGAACAAAUACAAAGAAUACAGCAAGAAGCAGCUUCCACAUGGGUCUUUCACAACCCUGCCAGAGACACGAGACACUGCACAUGUGAAAGAAGUGACCAAGAAUGUCAGUGAGACAAACUAUAAGAAGAAGUUUGUGAAGGAGAGGGGCAAGUCUAAUUACUCUGUCAUGCUGGAGCCUCCUGAGGUGAAGCAUGCCAUGGAAGUUGCUAAAAACCAGAGUACAGUUGAAUACAAGAAAGAUGCCAAGUCAAAGCUGCACUACACACCUAUUGCAGAUCGACCAGAUAUCAAGAAAGCAACUCAGGCUGCCAAGUUAAUUAGUGAUAUUGAAUAUAAGAAACGUGGAGGAGCUGGCCUUGGUGUCAGCAUGCUGGGACGUCCAGAUAUUGAACUGGCAAAGGAGGUGUCCAAGCUCACAAGCCAGGUGAAAUACAAGGAGAACUUUGCCAAAGAGCUGGGUAAAAAGCCCAAAUAUGAUUUGAAGGAGGCUAAAAUCUACAAGACCAUGAAAGAUGCUCACAACAUGGCUAGUGAGGUGAAAUACAAGGCAGAUUUGAAGAAGCUUCAUAAGCCUGUCACAGACAUGUCUGGAUCCCUGAUCAUGAACCACGUCCUGAGCACGAGCCAGCUGGCCAGUACCUACCAGUACAAGAAGCAGUAUGAGAAGAGUAAGGGUCACUACCAUGUGGUGCCAGAUAAUCUUGAGCAGGUUCAUCUAAGGGAGGCAUCAGAACUACAGAGCCACGUGAAAUACAAAGAGAAGUAUGAGAAGGAAAAAGGAAAGCCUAUGCUGGACUUUGAAACUCCAACAUACCUUACUGCAAAGGAAUCUCAGCUCAUGCAGAGUGAGAAAGAAUAUAAGAAGGACUUUGAAGAGUCCAUUAAAGGCAGGAACCUCACUGGCUUGGAGAUUACACCAUCCUUAUUACAUGUCAAAUAUGCAACCAAAAUAGCAAGCGAGAAAGAGUACAGGAAGGAUCUGGAGGAAGGUGUCAAAGGUAAAGGACUAACAGCUUUGGAGGAGACUCCAGACAUGUUAAGAGCCAAGAAUGCAACUCAAAUCCUGAAUGAGAAAGAGUACAAAAAAGCCUUGGAAUUAGAAAUCAAAGGCAAAGGGCUGACAGAACUGGCUUUGGAAACACCAGAUUUUGUGAGAGCCAAGAAUGCCACUGACAUUGCCAGCCAGAUCAAAUACAAACAGCUGGCAGAAAUGGAGAAAGCCAACUUCACCAGUGUGGUUGAUACUCCAGAGAUUGUUCAUGCCCAGCAGGUCAAGGACCUCUCCAGCCAGAAAAAGUACAAGGAAGAUGCAGAAAGGACCAUGCCAUACUAUGUGCCUGUGGCAGACACCCCAGAAAUGCAGAGAGUCCGUGAGAAUCAGAAGAACUUUAGCACUCUUCAGUACCAGUGGGACCUCCAGAACAGUAAAGGCAAAGUCACAGUUGUACAAGACACCCCAGAAAUUCUGCGUGUGAAAGAAAACCAGAAGAAUUUCAGCUCGAUUCUAUAUAAAGAAGAUGCUGGACCUGGAACUACUAUUGAAAAGACCCCAGAGAUGCAGAGAGUUAAACGAACCCAGGAUGCAAUCAGCUCGAUUAAGUACAAGGAGAGCAUUGGGAAAGGAACUCCCAUUCCUGACCUCCCAGAAGUGAAGCGUGUCAAGGAGACCCAGAAGCACAUCAGCUCGGUGUUGUACAAAGAGGACGUGGGGACAGGUACCCCCACACCUGUCACUCCAGAAAUAGAGCGAGUCAGACGCAAUCAAGAACACAUUAGCUCGGUGUUGUACAAGGAGGAUCUGGGGACAGGCACCCCUGUACCUGUCACUCCUGAGGUUGAGCGAGUCAAACGCAAUCAGGAGCAGCUUAGCUCGGUGUUGUACAAGGAGAGCGUGGGGACUGGGACCCCCACCCCUGUCACCCCAGAGAUGGAGAGGGUCAAACGCAAUCAAGAGAUCUGUAGCUCGGUGUUGUACAAAGAAAACAUAGGGAAAGCCACCCCAACCCCUGUCACUCCCGAGAUGGAAAGAGUCAAACGCAAUCAAGAGAUCAUUAGCUCGGUUUUGUACAAAGAAAAUGUGGGGAAGGUGACCCCAACCCCAAUCACUCCAGAGAUGGAGAGAGUCAAACGCAAUCAAGAAAUCAUUAGCUCGGUGUUGUACAAAGAGAACGUGGGGCGAGCAACCCCCACACCUGUCACUCCAGAGAUGGAGAGAGUCAAACGCACCCAGGAACACAUUAGCUCGGUUGUGUACAAAGAAGGCUUAGGGAAGGCAACCCCCACGGCAGUGACUCCAGAGAUGGAGCGAGUCAAACGCAACCAGGAACACAUCAGCUCGGUUUUGUACAAGGAGCAGAUGGCCAAAGGGACCCCAACCCCCCUGACUCCAGAGAUGGAGAGAGCCAAACGCAACCAGGAGAACAUCAGCUCGGUGCUUUACUCGGACAGCUUCCGCAAACAAGUGCAAGGCAAAGCUGCCUACGUGCUGGACACCCCCGAAAUGCGGCGCGUGCGCGAGACCCAGAGGCACAUCUCCACGGUGAAAUACCAUGAAGACUUUGAGAAGAGCAAAGGUAGCUUCACGCCUGUGGUGACCGACCCCAUCACGGAGCGCGUCAAGAAGAACAUGCAGGACUUCAGCGACAUCAGCUACAGAGGCAUCCAGCGGCGCGUGGUGGAGAUGGAGCGCAAGCGCGUGGACCAGGACCAGGAGAACCUCACGGGCCUUCGUGUGUGGCGCACCAAUCCCGGCUCAGUCUUUGACUAUGACCCAGCAGAAGACAACAUUCAGUCCAGAAGCUUACACCUGAUCUCUGUCCAGGCGCAGCGCCGCAGCCGGGAGCACUCUCGCUCCGCCAGCGCCCUCAGCCUGAGCGGCGGCGACGAGAAGUCCGAGCCCUCGGACGCCGUCGAUCAACAGCUCUCCUUCUACAGCUCCGGGGGCUUCUUCACCUCCACUGCCACAGUGGGCUACAAACAUGCCAAAACCAUCGAGCUGCCACAGCAACGUUCCUCCUCUGUUGCCACCCAGCAAACAACUGUGUCAUCUGUUCCUUCCCACCCCUCCACUGCUGGGAAGACCUACCGGGCCAUGUACGACUACACGGCGGCCGACGCCGACGAGGUGUCCUUCAAGGACGGGGACACCAUCGUCAACGUGCAGGCCAUCGACGAGGGCUGGAUGUACGGCACCGUGCAGCGCACCGGCAAGACCGGCAUGCUGCCCGCCAACUACGUCGAGGCCGUCUGAGC